CGCCCUUAUCGGGGGUUUGGUCUCAGUUAUGUUAUAUGGCACAACAACUCUGCAGACUUAUGUGUAUUACAUGCACUACUCUGAAGAUGUCUCAGCCAUGAAGUUCUUGGUUGCUGCCAUAUGGACUCUUGAUACCCUCCAUGUCGUGUUCAGUGAGCAUUUGGUGCAUAUAAGUAAAUGCAUGGCCAACAGUUGAUUAGUGUGUCAUCUUUUGUAUCACUACCUGAUAACCAAUUAUGGCGUUACGACGAGUUUGGAGUAUAUGGUCUGGUCACUACCAGCAUCGGUUCUGGUGAAC